AAUCCCUUUGAAGCAACACCCUAUGACAACUUCUGGUGGACAUUUCUACGCUGAAUCCUUUUCAGUUACAGAGAGCACUGUAGGUAUGGCUGAGGGUGGAUAUCCCUCUGUGUAUGUGGUGGACACCCAUGCCACCCGGCCAUCAGUGCCACCAAGGCUGAGCCAGGGCCAACAGCGUGCAGGGGUAGGACAGACCCUGCUGUUCCUGCUGGUGAGCGUGGCGUUGUGCGGCAUGGCCAUAGAAGCCUGCUUCAUCUACCGUCUGUACAAACCUCAAUCUGCCACCUCAGGAUCAACCGCUAUGUUACUUGCAGGUAAAGAUGUUACUCCUCCCGUUAAAAGGCCCGGUUCUGAUAUUCUUCCUUCCAAACCAGUUGCUCAUCUGACAGAUGGACAAGAUGUAGUUCAUGGAAAUAAAACCAUGGCGUGGAGCAUGGUUGCAGAUCCUCUCAUCUAUGAAAUGGACUACCAAGACAGAAGUCUCAUCAUUCAGAUUGAGGGUUUUUACUUUGUCUAUUCCAAGGUUUACUUCUUAGACACCGAUGUAUUUCACCACGCUGUUCACCUGAAAACUAAACGGUACACUGGAAAAAGUAUUACCCUCCUGGAAUCCAGAAAAUACCAGUCCAAGUCCAGCAACAUGCGAUCCAACAGUUACCUGGGUGGAGUGUUUCACUUCUACAAAGAUGAUGCCAUUUUUGUUGAAGUGAGCAACACAUCAAAGAUUUUGCGAUACCAGUCCUUUGAGAACAUCUUUGGUGCGUAUAUGAUAUAAAUAUCACAUUGAUAUUUCAAAAGUUGAUUCAAAAAUGUUAUAGAAUCUUCUCAAGGAUUGAUGAUUCUCUUUGCAAUAAAAAAGCAGGUCAGUAACUGGAGAGAGAGGAAGGUUUUGAAAACUUUUUGUGCUUUUGAACAUUACAAAGGUCUCCUCAAUUUACGAAUAUGCUUGACAGUGUAACAAAGCUCAUUUUCACAUCAGGGACUUUUUAUAUGCAUACUUUUAUACUUAACCUUCUGAAUGUUAGAAAAAUAACAUAUCAUUUGUGAUUUGGCUUGUCAUAUGGAUUUUUUUUAAAAGCACACAAAAUAUAUUGUUACAGUGCUCAGCCUUGCUGACAUAUAAAUAUAUAUUGUUGUUGAGUAUAGAUGCUAUGUGUCAUGUUCAUACCAAAAUUGGAAACAUACAAAAUGUAACCUUACACAUUUCUUUUCAGUCCUGCUGUAACACAGACUGCACACUAUUUAUUUAUUCCUCCAGUGGCAAAAUGAAUGAUACUGCUUUUCAGGUCUGCUGUAUAUAUGUGCAAUAAUGUAUACAAAACAAUGAAAUAAAAAAAGAUUGUGAUUUAAAA